AUGGCUACUGUUGUUCUUGUUACGGGUGCUAGGCUUCUAUUAAGCCGCGAGCUGGACCUCCACCGCAUAGACCAUGAGUCCAAUGCGGUCUCUGUACACACUAUCGAAGCCGAGAUGGGUCGUCGGGUGUGGUGGUACUUGGUAGCGACCGACUGGCUGUUGGCCGCGAGGUAUGGCGGUCCAGGCGAGGGCGUGUACCAGGCCAACCCGCGUCAAACGAUAGUCAAGAAGCCGCGCAACAUCAAUGACCUAGACUUGCUUGACGUCGGACUGCACCUAGACUUACCCGUCUCCCAACCGACCGAGAUGUCGUACUUCCUCCAACGGCUUCGCCUUGCCGAGAUUUCAUGA